GAACCGACCAUCAACAAACAACAACGAUUAACCGCAGCAUCCAUCCGUUCCCCCGAGCCGGCCACUCACUGCUCGGCCACAACAAGAACCAGCCCACCGCCAGGAGCUCACCGGACGUUCUCCUCCUCCCCUGAACGCACCGUGUGUUUCCUAAUGUUGGUUUAAUUCACGUUUCGGCGGUUGUUGUCGUUUCACGUCCGCUCAACAUGACGAGUUACAAGGCGUUUCAUUCUCAGUUGACGUCCAUCAUGGAGGCACUGACCAAAGCGGCCGUGGCGGAGAUCUGCGAGCUGGUGGAUGACAGCUACGCGGUGCUGCAGCUGGAGAUCAGCCGGAGCCACAAGGAGAACGAGGCGCUCAGGAGGAGGCUGGAGCUCAUCGAGACCAUCAUCGCCCGGGGACAGCGGGGGAACGUCGCGAUGCUGGAUGACGGCAGGAUGGAGGCUGCCGGCGGGAGGUUUAUGGGUUUCACUCUCGAACGUGCCUUACCAGCUGCAGCGGGGCCCAAACAGCCGAAAGCAAAUCUCAAAAGAAGUGGAAGGGUCACUGCGUUGGAUGUGACGACAGAGCUGACCCCUGCAGCCAAAGAGGAUUCAGCGACAGGAGCUGCAGAGGAGACGAACGAUCAGGGUGUUGUUUUGAUAAAAGAGGAAGCCGCAAAAGAGGAGGCGGACUGCAACGACGCCACAGACGAGCUGCUUCUCAAUGAGGACGGAACGGAGGUGCAGCCGUCAGAGAGAGAGGACAGUGAUGAAGGACCCUCUGGGAUGAUGAUGAUGUCCACCCCAGCGGCAGACAUGAGGCUGUGGGAUCAGAACAGUAACGGACCGUUGGAGCAUCAAGAAUCCCACAGUGCGCCAGGGUCUCCAGGCCCUGCAGGGGGCGCUAAGAGCUCUUCAGAUGUGGUGUUUGACUUGGCCUCCGAGUCGGACUGUGAAGCUCCGUCUGUGGUCCAGACGAGGAAGCCGUUCCUUCUCGGGUCCAGAGAAAGUCCCACCUCUCUGCCCGGGACCUCUGAGCUGAAGCGGGGUGUGUCUCUGAUCAGCUCCCUCCCCUACGACACAGACCUGGACCUGUGCUCCUCGUGGACUAAUCAGGGCCUGCCGAGCAUGGUGCCCGUCCCUCAGCGGCCGACACUGCUGGACAAAGUGUCAGACCUGAAUGUUGCCGGUUUCCCCUUAGCUCUGGGUCUUGGCGGAUCCAGACUGGACCCGCUGGACCUGAACAGGUACUGCAGGGACAGGCGCUUUGUCUGCAGCUACUGCGGAAAAUGCUUCACAUCAUCCCGCAGCCUGGAGACACACGUGCGCGUUCACACAGGCGAGCGGCCGUACAGUUGUGCUCAGUGCGGGAAGCGCUUUACGCAGUCGGGACACCUGAAGACGCACCAGAGCGUUCACACUGGAGAGCGGCCGUUCGCCUGCGAGCACUGCGGGAAGAGAUUUGCCGGGAAGCAGAACCUGCGGAUCCAUCAGCAGAAACACCAUCCGGCUGAGCAGAGCGCUGCUCCUGUUUAACACAAACACUGCUGAAAUAAAUGCACUCAUGGUACUGAGCUCCAAACUGUGACACACCACAACCUUCUGACUGCUGAUACUGUUGCUGAACUUGUAACUUUAAUACAUCUUUUUUUAAGUUGAAGGCCUUUUAAAGAAGUUUUAGAAGAAUGGGUGCUUUUGAAAAACUGAUCCAUAGAUGCGACUGUUUAAAGUUUAUCAGGCCUUACAUAUUUUUAACCAUCUGAACUGCCUUGGUAGAACGCUGAUACAAAGCUAAAUGGGACUAUGAGCUGAUCCAGAUCAAUUCUUACCUCAAAAAGAACGUGGGCCGUUUGGGGUCCACUUCAGUACUCUAGGUUAGAGGAAUGACUGUGUGGUGAAGAUGAUUCCUGUAGAGAGCCAACACCUGUAAGAAGCAUGUGAAUGUUUAUUAGUUGGUGUGUAUCUGGAAUUAAAAGUGUGCAAUCUUG